AUGGCUAUGCCGAACAUGGCGUUCACGGUCACCGACUACCUCGAUUACAAGCCCAACUUCAUCAGCUCCUUCUACCAAAAUGUUUACUCUCCAGGCUUUGUCGAAAGGCAAGCCAUAACUGCGAUCGAAGAAUUCCUCUCGGUCCUCACUCCGCUGGUACCAGACAACGUUACGUUGCAACCUCCAGGAAUCUCCAUAGCGGGAAACGUCACCUUGCCUCUGGUUGUACAGACACCUCGGUUCAACGUUGGGUGCAACCUCUACCCAGCAUAUCGAAGGCUCAUUAUUGGGCUCAGCGACGUGAUCAGAUCGUGCCAUUUCUGCUUCCGUAAUGCUCAUCCCAAAGAAUUUGAUCUUGCAACAGACUUCUUGAAAAAGGUCUGGGAGAAUACACCUUCGGAGCAAUUGAUUGAUACGGCUGAGACCAGCUGCUUUUAUUCCAUGCGACUGACGUCUAAUUUGGCGGUAGAAUCAAGGCCGUUGAUGAGCGAUCAUCAAAGUCCGUGGUGUGUGCUCACUUCCGUGGGUGAUUGGACAAAUGGGCGGACUCUGAUUCCUAGAUUGUACACAUUCCCGCGUUUGACCGUGUAUGGGACGCCGGGAGAUACGAUCAUUGUUUCUGAUGGAGUGGAGGUUGGCAACGAGAGCCAUACAGGAAACAGAUUCCAGCUGGAGUUCUUCCUACCACCCAGUGUUUAUGGAGGAGACGGAGAAGAAUGAAACACUGGCGGUAUUGGAAGGCCAAUGUUAUUGGCAACCGGAGGAGGAUAGCCACAAGGAACAGCUUAAAGAAAGCAAGCGCAAGCCUAUUCCUGCAUAGGUCCAAGACUUUGUUGGUCAAAGGUAGAACAAUAACCUUGAAAGCGAUAGGGUGCAAGUUCCUGAAAUCUUAUCCCUGGAUUUCAUAAAGCAAUGGAUGGUGGAUUUACGAUAGAAUAUGUCAAGUUGGAACUCAUACGUGAGCAGACAGAUAUCUGCAC